AUGGGCAACAUAAAUUGUGAACGUUUGUGUUGCUGUUUUCGUCGUUCAUCGGAUGAGGAGAAUUCACAGAUUCGAUAUGAAUCGUAUUCAAGUGGUGCACGUGGUGUAACACCUGUCGAUCCAGAGACACGUAGACAGUUACAAGCAGAAGCUGCUGAACGUCGAUUAGCUGAAAGCACAUCACGUGGGAUUGCGGAUCCUGAAAGGGUUCGAAAGAAACAAGAACGUAUAAUAAACUACGAUGGAAUGUUAAUUAACUUACUUAAUUUUUGUAUAAAAUUUCAUCAAUUCUCCGUCUCAUUCGUGUUUUCUGUAACCCACCAAAAUCGUGUAUUUACUUUUCCUCUUUUUAUAAUCUCAAUGGAUGACAGAGGCCUAGAGACAUGA